CCCCAGCGCAAGAGGGUCAGAGGCAUGGUGGAGCCAGGUGCUUCCCAGGGCGUCAUGGGGAUGGUGGCCCCGAGGCGGGUGGCAGUGCAGGUGUCAGAGGGGUGCAGCCAUCAUCAGUUGUCUGGGUCGGUCGGCGGGCCAGGCAGGGAAGGGGCUGCCUUAAUUCACUUAAUCUGUGCCACCGCCCAGGAGGCAGGACAGCCUGGGCUCGGGACCCAUAGGCAGGGAGGGAUAGAGCUGGGGCUCCACUCUGGAUCUGACUGACAGGCUUUCUGGGGAGGCCUGGGCCUUCGGGGGAGGGAUCUUGGUGAUCAUGGAGGGCUUCCUGGAGCAGGUGGGUAUGAUGCCAGGGCCCAGUGCUGCUGCCCUAUACACAUUUGGAUUAGACACACCCUCCCUAGGCUCUCUGGCUCAUCUGUGCACUGGGGAAAUGGGACCAGGGGGCCCUCUAAAGUGUCCCUCCCAAGUCUGGAGCUCACUUCUUCUCUACAUCAAUGUUUGCUAAGUAUUUUUCCCUUUAGGGAGCCUGAGGUCUGACUGCUGACACCCUCUCCCCCAAACUCCCUUUGUAGUUUCAGGAUGCCAGUGGGUGUCCAGGUCACUUCAUGCCUGCAAAGACUGUGCCCCGCCCACCGUUUUGAAAAGCUCUGACUCCUUCUGGCCACCCAGGCUGUGGAUGCUGCUAGGAGGUCCACCCUGUAGGGGAUACCACGAAACAAGCCCUGGGACCUGACAGAUCUGUGUUCAAAUCCCUGGUCUUGCUGCGGGUUCACUGGAAGUUUAGGCCUAUCCAUCCACCUCAGAGCCUCCGUUUCCCCAUUUGUAGAUGUAGAGUGAUUAUCUCACAGCCCUUCAUCUCCUCGGCCCCACUGCCCCGUUCCGAGUGGGUCAGGGUGAUGUGGUGCUUUUCAUUCCUGCAGUGAAACAGCUCAGCAGCCAGGACUGAUAAGGAGCUUGGUAAAUGUUUGGAGAGAUUCGAAAAUAGAUCAAAAUGUACAACACAGCGUAACUUAAGCUUUAGGACUUCUUCCCUGUCCCCUGCACUGGGGCUGUAAGUCCUCUGUGGUUCUAUCUCCUAAAAUGUUCUUACCCAUGGCUUGCUUCUGGCCUCUUCUCCCCUCAGCAGAUGGGGACACGCUGUCUCCAUCUCCAGGGAGCCCCCUCCAGGCAGCCUUCCGUGUGGAGCCUGAGCAACUAAUCUGAAGUGCAUGUGUCCAACCUUGUAGAAACCUCUCCAUGGCUCCCUGCUGGGCUCAAGGUUCAGAGGCAGCGGAGGAUUGGCCAGCAUGGGGCAGGUGUGGGCAGGUGGUGGUCCAGGGCAGCGUCCGUCUGCCUGGGCAGAGCUGCGUGGGACAUCCCACCUGGUGCCAGCCAUGCUGGGGUCCCAAGUGAUGGUGGUUGACGCAGAGGACGAACUAAGCCCUGCACAACUGGUUAGCGUGGCGGAGCCUGGAGCGGCACCUGCUGGCCGGUGGGCGUGAACCUCGGGAUCUCAGUGUCUCAACCCCAGAGGAAGUAUGUCUAAAAAGAGCCGGAACAAGGGCGAGAAGCCCGAGAUGGAGGCUGAUGCCGUACAAAUGGCUAAUGAGGAGCUCCGGGCCAAGUUGACGAGCAUCCAGAUCGAGUUCCAGCAAGAAAAGAGCAAGGUAGGCAAACUGCGGGAGCGGCUGCAGGAGGCCAAGCUGGAGCGUGAGCAGGAGCAGCGGCGGCACACGGCCUACAUCUCGGAGCUCAGGGCCAAGCUGCACGAGGAGAAGACCAAGGAGCUGCAGGCGCUGCGCGAGGUGCUCAUCCGGCAGCACGAGCAGGAGGCUGCGCGCACGGCCAAGAUCAAGGAGGGCGAGCUGCAGCGGCUGCAGGCCACGCUCAAUGUGCUGCGGGACGGCGCGGCCGACAAGGUCAAGACCGCGCUGCUGGCCGAGGCGCGAGAGGAGGCGCGCAGGACCUUUGACGGCGAGCGCCUGCGGCUGCAACAGGAAAUCCUGGAGCUCAAGGCUGCGCGCAAACAGGCAGAGGAGGCGCUCAGCAACUGCAUGCAGGCUGACAAGACCAAGGCGGCGGAUCUUCGCGCUGCCUACCAGGCGCACCAGGACGAGGUGCACCGCAUCAAGCGCGAGUGCGAGCGGGACAUCCGCAGGCUGAUGGACGAGAUUAGAGGGAAAGACCGUGUGAUUCUGGCCUUGGAGAAGGAACUUGGUGUACAGACUGGUCAGACCCAGAAGCUACUCCUUCAGAAGGAAGCUUUGGAUGAGCAGUUGGUUCAGGUCAAGGAGGCAGAACGGUACCACAGCAGCCCAAAAAGAGAGCUCCCCCCCGGGAUAGGGGACAUGGCUGAGCUCAUGGGCGUCCAGGAUCAACAUAUGGACGAGCGAGAUGUGCGGCGAUUCCAGCUAAAAAUUGCUGAGCUGAACUCGGUGAUACGGAAGCUGGAGGACAGAAAUACCCUCCUGGCAGAUGAGAGGAAUGAACUGCUGAAACGCUCCCGUGAGACCGAGGUCCAGCUGAAGCCCCUUGUGGAGAAGAACAAGCGAAUGAACAAGAAGAAUGAGGAUUUGCUGCAGAGUAUCCAGAGGAUGGAGGAGAAAAUUAAGAACCUCACAAGGGAAAAUGUGGAAAUGAAAGAAAAGCUGUCGGCCCAGGCAUCUCUGAAGCGGCACACUUCCUUGAAUGACCUCAGCCUGACCAGGGACGAGCAGGAGAUCGAGUUCCUGCGGCUGCAGGUGCUGGAGCAGCAGCACGUCAUUGAUGACCUCUCGCUGGAGAGGGAACGGCUGUUGCGCUCCAAAAGACAUCGCGGGAAAAGUCUGAAGCCCCCCAAGAAGCAUGUUGUGGAGACAUUUUUUGGAUUUGAUGAGGAGUCCGUGGACUCGGAAACAUUGUCAGAAACAUCCUGCAACACAGAUAGGACGGACAGGGCUCCAGCCACACCGGAGGAAGACUUGGAAGAUACGACAACCAGGGAGGAGGCCGACCUGAGGUUCUGUCAACUGACCAGGGAGUACCAGGCCCUGCAGCGGGCCUAUGCUCUGCUUCAGGAGCAGGUCGGGGGGACGCUGGAUGCCGAGAGGGAGGCCCGGACUCGGGAACAGCUACAAGCUGACUUGCUGAGGUGUCAGGCCAAAAUUGAAGACUUGGAGAAGCUACUGGUUGAGAAGGGACAGGAUUCCAAGUGGGUGGAAGAGAAGCAGCUGCUCAUCAGAACAAACCAGGACUUGCUGGAAAAGAUUUACAGACUGGAAAUGGAAGAGAGCCAGCUGAAGAAUGAAAUGCAAGAUGCGAAGGACCAGAACGAGCUGCUAGAGUUCCGAGUGCUGGAGCUCGAAGAGAGAGAGCGGAGGUCGCCAGCAUUUAACCUCCAAAUCACCACCUUCCCCGAGAACAACAGCAGCGCUCUCCAACUGUUCUGUCACCAGGAAGGAGUGAAGGAUGUGAAUGUUUCUGAACUUAUGAAGAAGCUAGAUAUCCUUGGCGAUAACGGGAAUUUGAGGAACGAAGAACAGGUUGCAAUAAUCCAGGCUGGAACUGUGCUUGCCCUGUGUGAAAAGUGGCUGAAGCAAAUAGAGGGAACUGAGGCGGCCCUGACUCAGAAGAUGCUGGACCUGGAGAGGGAAAAGGACCUGUUCAGCAGGCAGAAGGGCUACCUGGAGGAGGAGCUGGACUACAGGAAGGAAGCCCUCGACCAGGCUUACCUGAAAAUCCAGGAGCUGGAGGCCACGCUGUACAACGCGCUGCAGCAAGAGCCAGGGCGGAGGGCCAGCGAGGCGCUGAGCGAGGGCCAGCGGGAGGACCUGCAGGCCGCCGUGGAGAAGGUGCGCCGGCAGAUCCUGAGGCAGAGCCGGGAGUUCGACAGCCAGGUCCUGCGGGAGCGCAUGGAGCUGCUGCAGCAGGCCCAGCAGAGAAUCCGAGAAUUGGAGGCUAAGCUGGAGAUCCAGAAGAGACAUCUGAAGGAGCUUGAAGAAAAGUUUUUGUUCCUUUUUUUGUUUUUCUCACUAGCAUUCAUUCUGUGGCCUUGAUGACUUCAGUGAGCAAAGAACUCGGGAUAGAAAAAGAGCUUACGGAAUAAAUUGAAUCCCUACGACAACCCUAACCCCACUCAAACCAAAACCCAACAGCAAAACAAGCUACUUCAAGCCAGAGAUUGAAAACGGAAUUCACAUGUCC